AUCGUUUAUCUCCGUCUCCGAUCUCUUUCGUGUUCAUCAAUUAUUCCUCACGCCCUUUCAGAAGUCCUCUUGCGAUUUCAAUGGCGCCGCCGUCCGCAGCAGAAGAGUAUGAUGCUACCAAAGACGAGAAGAAUCCACCGCCCCUUGACGAAGAUGACAUCGCCCUUCUCAAGACAUACGGUUUAGGGCCGUAUUCUAACAGCAUCAAGAAGGAGGAGAAGGAGAUCAAGGACUUGGCCAAGAAGAUCAACGAUCUGUGUGGUAUUAAGGAAUCGGACACUGGUUUAGCCACGCCAAGCCAGUGGGAUCUAGUCUCUGACAAGCAGAUGAUGCAGGAGGAGCAACCUCUUCAAGUUGCUAGAUGCACCAAGAUUAUAAACCCCAAUACCGAGGAUGCAAAAUAUGUGAUAAACGUGAAACAAAUUGCGAAGUUUGUUGUUGGGCUGGGUGACAAGGUCUCCCCUACAGAUAUUGAAGAGGGGAUGAGAGUGGGGGUUGAUCGUACUAAGUAUCAGAUCCAGAUUCCAUUGCCACCGAAAAUUGAUCCAAGUGUCACAAUGAUGACUGUGGAAGAAAAACCAGAUGUCACAUACAACGAUGUUGGAGGCUGCAAAGAGCAAAUAGAAAAGAUGAGAGAAGUUGUUGAACUACCAAUGCUUCACCCUGAGAAAUUUGUGAAACUUGGAAUUGAUCCUCCCAAGGGUGUUCUAUGUUAUGGUCCUCCCGGAACUGGGAAGACCUUGUUGGCUAGAGCUGUGGCCAAUAGAACAGAUGCAUGUUUCAUCCGUGUGAUUGGCAGUGAACUUGUUCAGAAAUAUGUUGGUGAAGGAGCUCGCAUGGUUCGGGAGCUUUUUCAGAUGGCUCGGUCAAAGAAGGCUUGCAUAGUAUUCUUUGAUGAGGUUGAUGCUAUUGGUGGUGCACGUUUCGAUGAUGGUGUGGGUGGAGAUAAUGAAGUCCAACGCACAAUGCUUGAAAUUGUUAACCAACUUGAUGGAUUUGAUGCUCGUGGAAAUAUCAAAGUUCUGAUGGCAACAAACAGACCCGAUACUUUGGACCCGGCACUUCUACGUCCCGGAAGACUAGAUCGUAAGGUUGAGUUUGGACUGCCAGAUCUGGAGAGCAGGACUCAGAUUUUCAAGAUCCAUACAAGGACAAUGAACUGCGAGAGAGACAUUCGCUUUGAACUCCUUGCACGCCUUUGCCCAAAUUCAACUGGAGCCGACAUCAGGAGCGUGUGUACUGAAGCCGGGAUGUAUGCUAUCAGAGCUCGCAGAAAGACGGUAACGGAGAAGGACUUCCUCGAUGCCGUCAACAAGGUGAUCAAAGGAUAUCAGAAGUUCAGUGCCACGCCCAAGUACAUGGUCUACAACUGAGGCUUGAGAUGUUGAUGUUGGUUUUUGUAACUGUACUUUCUAGUUGAUGUUAUCAAUGUAACUUGCUUUCACAAACUCCUUGUCCAUGCAUGCUCCUGCCCUCAUAUUUAUGCACUGGUCUGGUCGAAACUCAAGUUUGUUUAUGUAACCAGCCAAACUCUUUACUUCUGGAGAACUGCAAUGAAGAUGAACUAUAUAUUAGGCUGGGCUUGUUUCUCAUCCAUCCCCCAUUCUUUUUCUUGCAUUUUUAAGCAAAUUCAAAUCUGUACUUCUAGUCACUUUAUAAUUUUCUUUGACAUUUAACACCCGUACCAUAAAUAUGCACAAGUUUGGCUGA